AAAAAGACGUUUGUAGCUUUUUUUAAUAUUUUUUUUACAAACUGUAUUCGGAAAGCCGCACCUUUUUAUUUUAUUUUUCUCUUUGUCACCCAAAUUCACUUUUUUAUUUAAAUAAACCACCUAAUAACCAACACGAACACACAGUUACACAAUCCCUUCCCGUCAUUUGGCAGUCUCUCAAUUUAGAGGCCCUAUCAUUUGUUGACAAAUUCGACAAAAUGCCUCGCAGGAGACAGGAUAUUACCGAAAAGGUGCCAACCACACCACGUAAGGUCGUCAUAUACACGGACAAUCUCAUGACCAGCAACAGCGCACGAAGUACGACGGCCAACGAGCCAGCAAAAGAAUUGGCACACGCGUUGGGAGAGACAUUAAACACCGCGUUGGUCGUGUCCACGUCGUUUCGUUUCGAUCCAGAGUUCAAUAUGCUGGAGAUCCUGGAUCCGUACAAUUUGCGCAACAAUAUCCAGGUCACAGGGAUAACAGACUACAGGGUUUCAGUCAAGAUAUUUAUGCUCCCAGCCGCUGUUGACGCCAAUAACCGGCCAUCGAGCAUGUACGUCAAACAGACGCUGCUCUGCGUGGAAAAGCAGCUAGGGAUGGUGAAAAUUGACGAGCUUAUCGUGUCGUUUGCCGAGAUAUCAGCAAAUGACGAAGAUGCCGAAGAUGAUGGCGAGGACAAUGAGGAUCGGGAAACAGGGCAAUUGGACUUGUCGCCACUAGAGUCGCCCGUAGGGUCGCCCCUAGGGGUGUCGCCAGCACACGCAGAGACCAGCAGCACAGACAGCUUGGAGACAAGCCCGACCACCGCAUGCCCCGAAGACGCAAUCACCGACAUGAGCCGGUACGUCAAGGUGUGGCGGUCCCUGGGCAAACUGCGCGCCUCCGGCGAAGCACUCAAAAUUGGCAUCAGCGACGUCAACAAGCAGCAGCUAGACCAGCUCUGCUGCCAAUCCGGUAUCACACCGGAUAUUGUGCAGAUUCGCAUGCCCGGAAAUGAACCUCAGGACCAAGGUCCCGAUGAGGAGCUGCGGGCAUAUGCUCGCGAAAGGGGUAUAUUUCCCGAGAUGCUGAACGAUUGGACGUUCCAGACUCUGGCGACGGACUUUAAGAUUAAUGAAAAGUUUCCGACCACAGAGGUGGCCCCGCUGGGAUACAAGAUCGACUUUAUGCGGCCGCGGUGGGUCGCUAGUUACAGCGUUAUGCAGACGAAGCGGGGGCUGGUGGCUAACCGCGGGUACAUCGUUAUGGCCAGCUCCGACUGUGUGCUGAACCCAAAUCGCGUUCCUCGAAAGAAGUACUCUGUAUGAUGGAGCUUGUAACUCCUUUUUUCGCCCAGGUUUUCGUGUUAAUUUUGUUGGUAAUAAUAAAAAUUAAAAAAUAAGGUUUAAGCGUUGGUGAUGUUGAUGUCAAAACUCGCCUUUGUGCUAAUGCUAUCAUUUAGUGCAAAGGACUUCCACGCAAUUUAAUAGCUAGA